AUGGAUGAUCUACAGGACGAUGACAAGUUCUCCGAAAGAUUGGACUUAAUUAACCAUCGUCUAAAUAAGUGUUCCAACAACCUUUCAUCAGCUUUGCUAACUAACUCAAUAUUAUCAAGGGAUCUUAUGAACCUCAAUAGCGAAAUUAUCGACUACGAUAGCAAAGUCAACCAACUUAAUUAUGAUGCUGCUUGCGCGCAAGAAUAUUUGUCCAAGUUGGAAGGCCUCACCGUGAGGGCCCAAUUCUUUGAGGCACAAAUCGAUGCAUUGGAAUCUCAUGCUCGAUACAGAGGGAUGGGAACCCAUAAACGGGUGCCUAGUGUCAAUGACUUGAAGGAUGAAGUCCUAGAUUUGAAAACCACCGAAACAACUUUGGAUAACUUAUAUCAUGAAUAUGCGUACUUGAAGAGACGUUUUGUUCAGUUCAGUGGGCCAACAUCACUAGCCCCUGAUUAUUUAACAGCUUCCCCUAUGUUGGAUAGAAUUGGAUCUAUAAACUACGUUCCUGAUGCCGCCGGUUACAGAACCCCGGUACAAAAUCAGGCUGAAUCAUUCUUUCACGAAAGACCCCAGAGAAAGCAAUACAAUACUAAUGUUAACAAUAAUAACAAUCAUAUCGCAAGCUCGUCAAUAUCAACCACGGCAACAUCAUUGUUCGAUGAAACAACAAACCUCAGGCCUUUAAGAUGCUCAAGUAAGAGGAAAAGAUACUCGACAAACACCUUGUGUGGCAAUUUUAAUGAGGCACCUAUACCAAUGACUGAAGAUACUGAUAUUCCGAAUAUUGAUUUCAAUGAAACAAAUACCGAGGGAUUCCAAAAUCUUUUUGCCAAUGAUAAGAGCACUGGUACUGAAAAUGAGGAUAGUUCAUUGCAGGAUAUUAAUUCAACUGUGGUCAAGCACAAGAAACGAAAAUCAGUGUCAGUUCCUUCAUUCAAGGACCUAAUUUCUUCUUCCAAAUAUCAAGGCGAUUUGUUUGAAACCUGUGGUAAUGCCAAAAAGCAACUUGAGGUUAGGAGUACAAAAUCUAAGAGUUUGAAACAUUUCAAAUCAUGCCAGGGUCUCAAGAUCCGUCUUCACUCCUCUGAAUCCAACGAUCCAAAUGAAGUAAAUUUCGAUUUUCAUUUCCCUAGUUCAGAUCAACCAACUACCCAAAUAACAAAGGUUUCUAAUAUCAAGAUUCACAACAAGAGCUCACAAUAUGAGAAUCAAAAGCAAACAUUUGAUUGGCUUUCGAAAAUUUCGGCCACUGAUACUGUUAGUGACAUUGAGGAAAGCCUGCCAAUCAAGAGAAGACAUUCAAUGUCUGUGGAAGUUACCCCUAUAUUGCAUUCAAACGUUUUUCACAGUACUGGUGAUGUUAGUAAAACUUCACAAGCGUUACUUUUGGAUAUGAUGAAUCGACAACAAGAAAAUGAAGGAAAGUUGGCGAAACUAAUUGAAAUUGAAAAUCUGAGAAAGCAAUCAUUUGGCUCAUUUGAUUCUAAGUUCUUCUACAGCAAGUAUGAUUUCAUCAAUUCUUUAUCCAAAAACCUCUAUAAUCUUCAAAUUUCUAAACAAUUUCAAUCAGCUGCUACCCCAACAACCCCAACAAUCCCGGAAGACCUCAAUGAAUCUGAUAGUAGUUCUAGUAACCUUCAAAGUGUUCUGAGUAGGAACAUUUCCUCAGUUGCAACCGGUGAUUAUCCACAAACUGAAAAUAAUAUAAAUGCUGAAAAGAAACAAUGGGGCUUGAUGCUUUCAAAGUUUUUGAAUGCUUCAGCACUUGGUAAUAUUUUUGAUGCAUCCACUCGAAAAGAUGGGGAAAUUCAAACCAUAGAUGAUUCUGCUACUGCCAUAGUCGCAGAAAAUGAAGAUUUAGAUGAUGAGGUCCUGAAAGAUUGUAUCUCUCAGGAGUCAGAAGUUCAUCUAGAGCCAGUUGUUGAAAACAAAGAAGAUUUCAUCAUUGAUUUGCAACAAGCUUUGGAAACUGAUUUACUAAUCGAGUAG